AACAAUACUUCAUUUAUUACCAACAAAAUGUAGUGUUUAAUAUAUUCCAGCAGUUUGUCAUGAAAAACGGUAAAAUCAAUUGGCUAUUGGAAAUUAAUUGAAAUUGUGUUGGCAGUGAUACGCCUUGCCUUCACGGUUCGACAAGGCGUUCAAUGUGUUGUGAGUUUACGUGCAUGUCUUGUAUAUUAAACAAUUAAAACAGAUUUGUAACAUUUUUUAUUUUGUAUUGGUUUUGUUAUAACAUCGAACGUUUACCUAAUUUAAGUUAUUUUAGCGCUUAUCCAUUUCGCGUUGAAAUAUCGAAGUGAAUGGACUGAUUUUUAAGCGCGAUGCGUACCGCACAAAUAUUCCUCUUCACUUUUGUUUUAUUGGUAGCACUGGAGGCGAGGCUUUCUACUGCAACCAGUGAGGACUUGAUUUACGGUUACGAAUGUCAAAAUAGCAAAUGUGUUAAAGUAGAACUGAACCAGGAGAAUUUUAACAAAGCUAUCAGCCUUCCAGUAUGUCGUAUCUUCUGUGGAGAAACUAUUGGCACGGUUUUACCUAAACCUACCGGUUCUGUCAAAAUUGAUUCAUAUAUGCUGCAAAUUGAUCAUAGUCGCAUUAAUUUUAAUUUUCCCAGUAAUGCAAAACAAUCCCAAUUAUGGCAAGCUAAUAGAGAAAGAUUUAUGAGCAUGCUUGAUUCUAAAAUUCCUAAUGCAGAAGUAGUCAAGAACGAAGGACAUCCCUUACAAAUAUUAAUUGAAGUUAAUGAAAAGUUAAAAGACGAAGUACCAAAGCUUGAUUUGGAUACAGAUGAAAGUUAUAAACUGAUCAUUGCUUAUGAGAAUAAUAAUGAGCAAGUAACUGCAAAAAUUGUAGCAAACAGUUUCUUUGGUGCCAGACAUGGCAUGGAAACGUUGGCGCAAUUAAUUAUAUAUGAUGAUAUACGUAGGGAAUUGCAGUUAGUAGCCAGUGCUGAAAUUAAUGAUGCACCCGUAUAUAAAUGGCGUGGCUUGUUAUUGGAUACAUCGAGAAAUUUUUACUCUAUUAAAUCUAUAAAAAGAACACUUGAUGGUAUGGCUAUGGUUAAGUUAAAUACUUUUCAUUGGCAUAUAACUGAUUCUCACAGCUUUCCACUUGAAAUCAAAUCUCAGCCAGAUCUUUAUAAACUUGGUGCAUAUACGCCGCGUAAGGUUUAUACCCAUGAAGAAGUAGCUGAUGUUGUGGAAUAUGGCAGAAUACGUGGAAUACGUGUAAUGCCUGAAUUUGAUGCUCCAGCUCAUGUUGGUGAAGGUUGGCAGCAUAAAAAUAUGACAGCCUGCUUUAAUGCACAACCUUGGAAAGACUAUUGUGUAGAGCCGCCUUGUGGUCAACUAGAUCCAACAGUUGACGAAUUGUACCCAGUAUUGGAAGACAUAUAUCGUGAAAUGUAUGAACUUUUCAAACCAGAUAUUUUCCAUAUGGGUGGUGAUGAAGUGUCCACUAAAUGCUGGUUAAGCAGUGAACGUAUUACAAAAUGGAUGACUGAAAAAGGUUGGACACUAGAAGAUGCUGAUUUCCUACGAUUAUGGGGCUAUUUUCAGACGAAAGCGCUAGAACGUGUAGAUAACGUUUUCAAAGAUCAAAAAGUACCAAUUAUAUUAUGGACUAGUCAUCUUACGGAUGUACCGUACAUAGAUGAUUAUUUGGAUAAAGACCGUUAUAUAAUACAGAUAUGGACUACAGGGUUUGAUACUAAAGUACAGGACAUACUUAAACGUGGAUUCCGAGUUAUUGUUUCCAAUUAUGAUGCACUCUAUUUCGAUUGCGGUGGGGCUGGUUGGGUUUCAGAUGGUAAUAACUGGUGCUCUCCAUAUAUUGGCUGGCAAAAAGUAUAUCAGAAUAGUUUGGAAAAAAUCGCUGGCGAUUAUAGUUCACUUGUACUUGGAGCUGAAGCAACCAUUUGGUCAGAGCAAAUUGAUGAACAUACAUUAGACUCUCGUCUUUGGCCUAGAGCAAGUGCUUUAGCCGAACGUUUAUGGACUAAUCCUGAACAAAACUGGCGUCAGGCGGAACCGCGCAUGUUAUUACAUCGCGAACGAUUGGUCGAAAAUGGCAUUGCCGCUGAAGCUCUGCAGCCAGAGUGGUGCUUGCAAAAUGAAAAUAAUUGUCCUGUGGACGCAUUCGAUGCAAAAUUUUAAGUAUUUAUAUGUAUAUAAUUUUUUCGAUAAUAACCAUUGUUGCGUUCUUUGCAUAUUUUAUUAAUAUAAAAUUAACAAAAAUUUGAGAUUAUACAACACAUUUUAA